AUGAGAACUAGCAUACCAAUACCUUCAAUAAAACUGAUUAAAUACUGGAAAUUUACAUUAAUUUUUAUCGGAUUACUUUUUAAUAUAUAUUUGUAUAUCCAUAUUUUAAAUAAACAAGAUAGCAUAAUUUACACAAACAAAACAUUAACAUUAUGUAUAAACGAUAUUUUUACUCAAAUUGUUCAAUCACAAAAUUCAUGGUUAACAUUUAUUGAUGCUUUAAAUAAUUUACACGUUCAUAAUUCUAAUCAAUCAGAAACAACUCAAAUAUUAACAGAAUUAUUUCACUUUACAUAUUUUUCUUUGCCUAUAAUCAAUAAAACAAUAGAACUUUUCAACUUUAAAAAUCAAUUAAAAAUACUAUCUGAACCUACGAAUACAACAUAUCAUUUCAAUGAAUUUUAUACCGAAACAAUCAAUAACAAAAGUGUGUCAUAUAUUAAAGAUAAUAAAUCUGUAGGUGGAAGGCAUUAUCCAAAAUAUUUCAAUAUGACUAAAUAUUUGAAUGCCAUGUCAAAUGGAUUUCCACCAAACGAAGUCCCCAUAAAUAAUGAACAUCUAUUUGUUGUAGAAACCCCAAGAAGUGCUUGUGAUCCUUGUCAUGAAAAACAGAAACUAAAUUUGGUGGUUUUAAUUAAAUCUUGCAUUUAUUGCUAUGAACAACGGUCAUACGCACGUCAAACAUACAUGAACAUAAGUCUGUGGAAUAACUUAACAGUCAGAUUUGUAUUUGUUGUUGGAUUACCAAUACCGAAUGAGACAAAUAUUUAUCAUUUUGAUGGUGUAAAUGUUCAGUUGAACGGGAAAUCAUGGUCGGAAUCAAGAAAACGUGAACUUUCUCGAUGGUCAGUAAUAAAAGAGUUGAGAAAUGAAAGCAGAUUUUAUGGUGACAUGUUGGUUGGUGGUUUCUUUGAUACUUACUUCAAUUUAACUACGAAAAUGAUAUUAUCUUUUCGUUGGGCGUGUAUCUUCUGUAAGAAUAUAACGCCAUUAUUUUUAUUUAUUGACGAUGAUUAUGUACUUCAUCCGAACAAUACAAUGAAACUCGUAAAGUCAAUUAAAAUAUCAGAUAUGAAGUCUUAUGUCGGUGGUCCAAUUCAUGCAACAUCAGUUGUAUCGCGACCACAAAAUAAAACUUACAACUCAAAGUGGGAUGUUUCACCUCAUGAAUAUCCAUGGAGUUAUUAUCCUCCAUACUUUUAUGGUAUUGGCUAUAUGAUUGGAGCUGACGUUGUAUGUGAUGCUUCUGUUACAAUGUCAUUUACACAAAAUCUUCGUAUUGAUGAUGCAUAUCUUGGGAUUGUUUUGGCGAGAUUGAACAAGAAGCUCAAUCAACUUAGAGGGUUCAGAGUACACACUGAUACAAAUUUUGAAGCAUCAGGAGCAAUUAUUAUACAAAAGUCAAGAGCUGGUUUACUGUUCGCUUAA